AUGGAUUCUGGAAAACUGUUAAUGAAAAAACUGCUCCUUUGUUUCCUCUUUCGGUUCUCUGUUUCAAUUGACACCAUAACACCAAUCCACUCGGUUAAAGAAGGCAAUAUUAUCGUCUCCAGUGGGAACGUUUUCGCUCUUGGAUUCUUCAGGCCUGGCAGUUCAAGAAACCGUUAUAUCGGUAUCUGGUACAACCAAGUUCCAGAACAAACAGUCGUAUGGGUUGCAAACAGAGACAAUCCUAUCAGUGACUCAUCCGGGAUUCUGUCAAUCGACAAUCAAGGAAACCUCGUGCUUCACCAAGGCAAUCAAACACUACUCCCUCUCUGGUCUACCAAUGUCUCCAUCAAUACAGGCUCCAAGAAUACCGUAGCACAACUCUUGGAUUCUGGGAAUCUUGUUCUGUUUCAGAAUGAUACUAAAAGGACUCUGCUGUGGCAGAGUUUUGAUUAUCCAUCCAACACACAGCUUCCGUAUAUGAAACUGGGGUUGGACCUGAGAACCGGCGUUAAUCGGUUCCUGACAUCAUGGAAGUCUCAAGAUGACCCUGGAAUUGGCGACUACUCCUUUAGGAUGGACCCAAAAGGUUUCCCUCAGUUGUCCUUGUACAGUGGAUCCUCGCGUUGGUGGCGCGCUGGGACGUGGACAGGGCGAAAAUGGAGCGGAGUACCCCAAAUGGUUCGGAGUUAUGUCAUCGUGAACGCUACCUUCAUCAACAAUGAGGAUGAAGUAUCCAUUAUGUGGGGUGUCACCGGUGCCUCCAUCCUCACCAGGAUGCUCGUGAAUGAAUUUGGAGUUCAAAGGUUUACAUGGGAUGCACAAGACAAUCGUUGGAUCGGGUUCUGGUCGGUUCCAAGGGAAGAGUGUGAUUUUUACAAGCAUUGUGGGCCAAAUUCUAAUUGUAACCCAUACCCUGCUAACAAGUUCGAAUGCACAUGUUUACCAGGGUACGAACCCAGGUCGCCUCAGCAAUGGUACCUAAGAGAGUUAUCAGGUGGGUGCAUAAAGAAGCGUGAUAACAUAUCCAUGUGUCAUAGUGGAGAGGGGUUUGUGAAGGUACCACGUGUGAAGAUACCAGAUACGUCGGUGGCAGGCGCCGACCUGAACUUGGGGUUGAAACAGUGUGAAGAAAUGUGCUUGCGUAAUUGUUCUUGCAUGGCUUAUGCAAAUGCAUAUUAUCAGAAGGAUGGAGGGACUGGUUGCUUGAUGUGGCAUGGUGAUUUGGUGGAUACCAGGACCUAUAUUGAUAAUGGACAAGAUUUGUACGUAAGGGUUGAUGCAGUUGAGCUAGGGACAAGAAGACAAAAGAAUCAUCGGUCGAGUUCAUUGUUCUUGAAGGACUCUUUCAAAACAAAUGAUUUUGAUGAAAAUAGCAGCGCUGAUUUGCCAUUCUUUGAUUUACGCACCAUUGCUGCAGCUACAAAUAACUUCUCUCCUGAGAAUAAACUUGGAGAAGGUGGCUUUGGCCCUGUUUAUAAGGGUGUACUAUUCAAUGGAAAGGAAAUAGCAAUCAAGAGAUUAUCGAAGUAUUCGGGGCAAGGAAUUGAAGAAUUUAAGAAUGAAAUUACGUUAAUUGCUAAACUUCAACAUCGGAAUCUUGUAAGGAUCAUAGGUUGCUGCAUUGAAGAAGAAGAGAAGAUGUUAAUUUAUGAGUACCUGCCAAACAAAAGCUUGGACUCUUUUAUUUUUGUUGAAACAAGAAAAUCAUUGCUAGACUGGAGAAAGCGGUUCGAAAUUAUAUGUGGGAUUGCUCGAGGAAUCUUGUAUCUUCAUCAUGACUCAAGGUUGAGAAUAAUUCAUAGAGAUCUCAAGCUUAGCAAUGUUUUACUAGAUGCUUUAAUGAAUCCCAAAAUUUCUGAUUUUGGGAUGGCUAGAAUUUUCGGAGGUGACCAAAUUGAAGGAAAUACUAAACGCAUAGUUGGAACAUAUGGUUAUAUGUCUCCAGAAUAUGCUAUGAAAGGUCUAUUUUCAAUUAAAUCCGAUGUAUAUAGCUUUGGAGUUCUACUAUUAGAAAUUAUCAGCGGCAGAAAAAUCAGUAGCCACUAUGUUGAUCAAAGCUCAACUUUAAAUUUGAUAGAACAUGUUUGGAACUUGUGGAAAGAAGGUAGGGCAAUGGAGAUAGUGGAUUCAUCCCUAGGGGAAUACUCAUCGUCUCUGGCAGAUGAAGUUUUGAGGUGCAUCCAGAUUGGGUUGUUGUGUGUGCAAGAAUCCGCGGCGGACCGGCCGACGAUGUCUACGGUUGUGUUCACGUUGGGCAAUGAUAAAGCGGUCCUUCCUCCUCCGAACCACCCUGCAUUUGUGGUGAAGAAGGCACACAAUGUUGAUGCAGGCGGGGGCAUUGGGUCUAAUAAUGAGGUGACUCUUACUCUGGUUCAACCUCGGUAGAGGUUCUUAAUCAAAAAGUACGUACCAC